CCAGGGAAGAUGCGGCUCCACGCAAAGGCCUUGUGCUGCCCCGUGCGGGGUGUCUGGGCUGCUCCCCGAGCCGGCCCCGCCGCCCUCGCUGCGUCCGCCCUCGAGGGGGGCAGCUGCUGGCUUAAUUCUCCCGUAGCCGGUGACCCUCCGGUGUGGGCAGGCCUGACCGGUGUCCCACGUAACCUGGGAGCUGAGCAAAGAGACUGGUGUCUGCCUGCGUCGCGCCGGCGCGCUUCGCAUUGGGCACGUUCGUGCUUCCCUGAAGAGCUCGCCCGUCCCCCUUGACGAGGUGGGGAAAGCGGCCGGUGGGGCAGUGCUGUCCUAAAACGGAAAGGAGCGGGAAGCUCUUCCAGGGGGCUGCAUCCCAGACGGGCUCUGACACCAGUUUCGGAGAGAUGAGACGACCGACUCGAUGCCUUGGCACGGUGCUCCCAGUUGCUUUGUUGUUUAAAUGCCUGGUAGCAGACUGGGUCCGUGGUACAGCGUCCCUGCGCCGCCCGUGGAGUGAGCCUCGCAGCAGAGUUAACGUGUUCUCAGCCCUUGUUCUCGCACCUGGAAGCAUCGCGAUUACUUGGGCAGCAUCAGUGUUGCUUUAUGACUUCAGCAUCUAGCACGUGUGUGCGUGUGCGUGUGUCCGUGUGUGUAUACGGGCCAGCAAGCUAAGACUGCGAUGCCACGCACCGCUCCAUCCGCCGGACAGUAGCCUGGUAUCAGAGGAAAGGACCUCUGCUCUAAAGCGCCCUCACGCUGGGGCAGGGGGCCGCAAGGUUGGUUAUGGAUGGGACUGCAGAGUCACCGUGGGGAGGUAGGUAAUGGUUGGAUCUCGUUCGCAGGAGACCUCGUUUUAGAUGGCACGAGCACUUUGACCUUGUUCACCUCUACUCUUCAGCAUCUGACUCAUGUCUUUGAGCAGCAUCUCGUGUCCCGGAACCAGAACCAUGGCUUCGUUGCACUUCCCUCGCACCCUGCUGACACAUCUGCCAUCCUCCAGGCCCAGUUCCUCUUUGAUGUCUUGCAGAAGACGCUUUCCUUGAAGCUCAUUCACACCCCAAGCUCCGUGCCACAGGCAGCUGUGAAGAUCUUUCCCUUCAAGUCUCUCCGACGCCUGGAGCUUAAGUCCGUCCCUCUGCACUGCCUCCGGGGGCUGCGGUUUGUCUACUCCCAGCUGGAAUCGUUAACAUGCUGCAAAUGCAUCAGCACCCUAGAGGAGAUCAUCUCAGCAUGUGGUGGGGAUCUGAGCUCGGCCCUUCCCUGGCUGGAGUUGCAGUCAGUCAACUUCGGCUACAACUUCAUCACUGCUCUGGAUGACUCGCUGCAAUUACUGAAUGCCCUGAAAGUGUUGGAUUUGAGUCACAACAGAAUCCAGGACUGCGAGCACUAUCUAACAACCCUCACAGAGCUGGAGUACUUGAACCUGGCCUACAAUUUCCUGUCCAAGGUGCCAAGCCUUGGGUUGUUCAGCCGGACCAAGCUGGUGACUCUGAUUCUGCGCAGCAAUGAGUUGGACAGUCUUCAUGGGGCAGAGCAGCUGGUGAACCUGCAGCACCUGGACGUGGCCUACAACCUGCUGCUGGAACAUGCCCUGUUGGCACCACUGUCCACGCUGCAUGGCCUGAGAAAACUGCACUUGGAGGGAAACCCGUUGUGGUUCCACCAGAACCACCGGUCUGCGGCCAUUGUCCACCUGUCUCCUAGGGCAGCUUCCUCCAACUUCCUUCUGGAUGGAGAGCCACUGUCUGCUGCAGACCUGAUGCACCUACCGAAGUCCAGGCAGUUCCCAGCCCAGUCCUCAGCCUCGGAGAAGACCCUGCUGGACCACAGUGCCCGAGGCAGCUCCUGCGCUGCAGACCUCAGUGACAGCCCGUCCCCAGGGGAGAUCCAUGUGGCCAGGCUCCCUCGGAAGAGAAGCAAGGGAAAGGGCCGAGUGCGAAGGGCAAGCAUCUCGGAGCCCAGUGACACGGAGCACGAGUGCCCAGUGCUACCCCUCUCCACUGGCCUGGUCAUGCAGCACCAGAAGCAGCUGGAGCGCCUGGACAGCUUCCGGGACCGCUUCGGCACAGACUGGCUGCAGUACAAAAGGCACCUGGAGGAGUGCAGCCAAGGGGACCCUGUGGUCCCUCUCAGCCAUUCUGCCAAUGACGAGGUUCCCGGCAGCCCAGCUGGCACGGACUCGCUGAGUGAGAGUACAGCUCAGGGGCUGGAGACACCCCUGGGGUCGCUGAGGGAUGCCUUGCUGCCCUUGGACAGUGCCGGACAGGCGCUGGAGCUACCGUUGGAGCAGUCCUCGGGAGAUCAGAGGGCAGAGCUGGAGGCAGAUGAACUUGUGCUGAGGGAGGAAGAGGAGGAGAAGCCAGAAGUUGACCUCUGCCAGCCAGUUUUAGUAAGCCAGAUUGAAGGUGAUGGGGACCCGGAGCCCGACUGGAUCUUCCUGCGGGUCACGGCUCAGCAUGUGAUCGAGGUAGAGCUGAAGGCAGCCAGAGUCCUCCACAAGCUGGAGUUGAGGAGCCUGCAGAAGAUAGAGACUUCUGAGAUGAACUGGCAAAGGAUGGACCUGGAGCGCAUGUUCCCUGUCCUCACGCUGCAUUUCAACUACAUCCGCAAGGACCGGCAGAGGCGCCGAUACGUGGUGUUGGACGAUGCGCCAGAGCAGUGUCUGCAGUGUGUGCUGGGGGUGCUGUCCCCGGCCCUGGAGGAGAACCUGAGACAGCAGGGCCAGGAGAGAGGUUGCACAAAGCUCCAGUGCCUGAAGUGCCAGCAGGAGUUUGCUCAGCCCCCGGCCCCUCGCCAACAGGGCCUGUGUCCCAUGGAGGGCAGAGACUACGCGGGCACAGAGGCCCCAACUCAGGUGGAUCAAGAUGCUGCUGGGCCUGGCAAGCCAGCGGUCUGCCCCAACUGCUCCAGUGACCACGUGGUCCUCCUGCCUUUGGAGACAGUCUCCAGCAUACCUCUGCCUCCCCACCAUGACCCAGGCAAGGACAGCCUGAGCGAGGCCCUGUCAGGGCCUGGCCUGCAGGGAGGGUCCCAGCAGGAGGACUUGGAGCCAGCCAGGGUAGAGGUUGCCCAGGGCAAGACGUUCUACAUUGGCAUGGAGGACAGCUUGGAGAUGGACACCAGCACUAGCAGCAAGACCCAGGAGCUCAGCGGGGACCAGGACAGUGCUGCCCACUCCAGCUCCCGCAGCUCGGAGGGGGACUACAGCCGGAGAGAGCACGGCAUGAAGAGUCACUACUCCUCCCUCAGCCGGACAGACACCAACGGCGGGAGCCUGAUGGGUAGCUACCGCUACGGCACCUCCCGGGCGCCCACCCCCUCCCAGCUGUCCCUGAACUCGGAGUCCGAGGAGACCUGGAACCUCAGUCCCCCAAUGACGGGCAUCCUGAGCCCGCAGGACCUGCACACUGUGGACCACCGCCUCAGACUCUACCUGGACAUGGACAUCUUCGAGGAAAACGUGGAAGAGUUCCAGUGCUUCCUCAAGGUGUCCGUAGUGAAGUUUGGCCGGCCUGGGGAGUUCCCUGCACUUGUGGUGGCCUCGGAUCUUAGGAUUCAUGUGCUGGAAGUUACAGGGGAGAUCAGGGGCCAGCCCACGGACUGGCUGACAAAGAGCGACUGCCACGCCCUGUCUGACCUCUGCUACCUGGAGAUGGGGCUGGGCCGCCAGAGCCUGCACAUGGAGUUUGAGAGCCCAAAGGCCUCCUACAACCUCCUGAUCCGAAACCAGCACCGCUGUGACCAGUUCCUGCAGUGUCUAACAUACCUCAUGCAAGAGCUGCCAGCCAAGAGCAGGAGCCGAGUGACGGAGAUCCCCGUGGUCCGGAUGAACCCGCAGCAUUGGCUGUGGCCCUUUUUGGACUGCAAGGCCCUGGACUCAGCAGCUGGAGACAGCACAGCCCCUGGCUUCUUCUACCUGCUGGCCUACUUGAUCCAAGGUGCAUCUGCCUUCCCGGUGACACUGCUGAGCACACGCAGCACUCUCUUCCUGUUGGAGGAGAGUCACCAGUGGCAGCAGGGCCAGCCUCUGUCGGGGGGUGCAGACGGGGAGAUGGAGCCGGAGCUGGAAAGCGGCGUUCAGGUGAAGGAGAAGCAGCCCCUCAGCAACAUCAGCAGCAUCAUCACCUACCGCUUCUCCCCCUGCAACAUCAAGCUGAUGCUUUACGACGAGGUGCUGAAGGUGGAGAGCAUGUGGCACCUCCGCGCAGAGUGCCCCGAGCUGCUGGCCGAGCUGGUGGAGUGGAUCCGUGGCCCCUGGGAGGAGCUGUUCUCCAUCAGGCUGCGGCAGGUGGUGCACGAGGCGCUGGAGUGAGCGCGUUGGGCAUGUGGUGGCCGAGUGACCCCUACCACGUCCUGCACCCCUGCUUCUGGUGGGUGGUGGCCCCUGUGCCUUCUUCCCCCCCCCAUGGGCAGCACCAGCCUCUGUCAGUCCCGUCUGCUCCAGGCCCAUGGACAUGGCCCCAUGGGGGCAGCACUGAGCUGCAGCCUGGCAGCUUCUCACAGCCCUGCUUGAGGGCAGUGGUGACCACCCCGGUCACUUCCUACCUGCCCGAUGGGGGCAGAGCCAGUGGGAACUGGGAAGAUGGGGCCAGGGAGCAUGCAGUGGGGCCAGGCAGUGGCAGGGCCUGGUGCUCUCUUCAGGCUGGGCCCCUGCUGCCCAUUCACUGGGCACAGCACUGUCGUCUUCUCCCUGCUGCUGAAACCCCCGGUAGCUUCGUGCUUUGUUCCUCGGCUCCCAAUGAGCCUAGCUGUGCACAGGGCUCUGGCUUGCUGAUCGAGGGGCCAUGUCCCCUGUCCUGGCCAGGCCCUGUACUCAGGGUCUCCUACAGCCUGUGUUAGGGAGGGUGAGGGUUUGCUGGGCAGGACAAGAGCUGUUUAUUUUAAAUGUGAGUUUUACGGUUUUCUAUUGUAAUAAAAGCUUCUAUUUAUCGAGCUCUCGGUCUUCCCCCUGCACCUCUUGCCUCCCUGCUUGGCGCUGAAGCCUGUGGUACAGGUGCACCUGGCUGGAGGCCUACCAGGAGCC